CCUCGGGAGGCGGAGCCGCCCUCGGGGCGGGCCCGGAGCGGUCGGCGCGGCGUUGGCUGCCAGGUCAUGUGGAACAAGGUCGCCCUGUGCUCUGUUUGCAAGCACUCCCCUCACCCAGCAUCAUUACUGCUGCCGAGACUCCCACCCCUAACUCAUGCCUUCAAAAGGACGUGCUUGGGCUCCAGCAGCGAUAGGCAGUGGGCACGGAUAGCACAGAAUGGGACACGCGGCGCGCUGCCCGGCUGCUUGGGAGGCAGCAAAGCCAAACGCAGGCGUUGUGCUCAGAUGUACCCACUGCUGGAUGGACGCGUCCUGCCUGUGCACCGACACGUGUUUGAGGAGAACGUCAGGAACAGUGAGGCUGUCAUUAAAAGAUACUCAGAGUUGCUGCAGGUGGUCAGUAAAGGAGGGGGAGAGAACGCCGUCCUGCGUCACACCCAGAGAAACAAGAAGCUGUUUGUUCGGGAGCGCCUGAAGCUGCUUCUGGAUGAGGAGUCUUUCCUCGAGCUGUCCCCCCUUGCAGGCCUCAGUCUGCCAUAUGGUGACGUCCCUGCUGCUGGAUGCCUCACUGGAAUUGGAAAGAUCUGUGGGAUUUGGUGUGUCUUCAUAGCGAAUGAUGCAACUGUAAAAGGAGGAACUAUUUAUCCAAUAGGAGUGAAGAAACAGCUGAGAGCUCAGGAAAUAGCCAUGCAGAACAGACUGGUGUCUGUGUACCUUGUUGACAGUGGGGGAGCGUUCCUACCACUGCAGUCAGAGCUGUUCCCUGACAAGCUGCAUGGUGGAAGAAUUUUUUACAAUGAAGCAAUAAUAUCUGCUAUGAAAAUCCCUCAGGUGGCAGUGGUGUGUGGCUCCUGUGUAGCAGGAGGUGCCUAUGUCCCAACCAUGGCAGAAGAAGCGGUGAUUGUAGAUAAAAUUGGAACUCUGUUCCUUGCUGGCCCACCUCUGGUCAGAGCUGCUACUGGAGAAUAUGUGUCUCCAGAGGACCUAGGAGGAGCUACACUUCACUCUAGAGUCAGUGGCUGCAGUGACCAUUUUGCAUCUUCAGAAAAGGAAGCCUACGAGUGUGUUCGAAAUAUCAUCUCAACGUUGAAUUAUGAGCCCGUGCCAGAAGAGCUCGUGGAGCAUGACCAUCCUCUCUAUAGCUCUGAUGAGCUCUUGGGGCUGGCACCACGAGAUUAUGGCUGUACUCUUCCUGUAAAAUUGGUUCUGAGCCGCCUGCUGGAUGGAAGCAGGUUCCAGGAGUUCAAGGCUGACUAUGGAACAACAUUAGUAACAGGAUUUGGCCACGUGGAAGGGCACUUGGUGGGAGUGGUGGCUAACAAUGGGGAGCUUUCUCAUGAUGCUGCUCUCAAGGGCAGCCAUUUCGUACAGCUGUGCAGUCACCGGGGCAUUCCCAUCCUCUUCUUCCAAAAUACUGCUCCACAUGCAGCAGAGCCAACCAGCACCUCUCAGGCAGAGGCUCAGGCCAACAGGUUGAAAGCCCAGGCCUCCAUGAUGGCUGCUGUCGCUUGUGCAGCUGUUCCCAAAAUCACCAUAGUGAUUGGUGGCUGUUUUGGGAGCGAAAGUUAUGCGAUGUGUGGGAGGUCGUUCAGUCCAAACUUUCUGUUCUUAUGGCCUAAUGCAAGAGUUGCUCUUGUGGAUUCAAGACAUUUGUCCAUGGUCCCACAAGCUGGAGACAGCGAUUGUACAGAUGAAUCUGAGCUAAAACGUUUGAAACAAAAGCUAGAGGAAGAGAGCAGUGCGUUUUACUCUUCUGCCAGACUCUGGGAUGAUGGUGUAGUUCUCCCCCAGGAUACCAGGAAGGUAAUUGCACAGUGCUUGCAGAUCAUAGAGCAGCAGAAGUACCAGGUGCCACCUCCUUACCAGUAUCCUGUGAUGAGAAUGUAAAUGCAGCCCUUCUCCAGUAAUCACCCUUUGAAGAUAGCACCUUAUAUUGGAAAGCUUUAAUGUAAAUGAUUUUCUAAUUCUUUGAUACCAUGAAUAAAAACGUUAAACCAAUGCAAACAAACAA